AUGGCCGCCCUUCACGAGCUGGUGACUCGCGGGCUCUACAAGGAGCCCAUCCUGCCCGCCAGCGUCAACACCGCCAACCUCACCGCCGUCGCCGAAUACUAUGUCGUUCACCGCAUCCCCCAACGCUUCAACCCCGGUAUCGUCGUCGCUUCCAUUGCUGUCGCCGCUCUUGGCUCCUACUCUACCCUGCUCCUUCUUGGAAAGCGUACAUCGAACAAGGGCAAGAAGAACAUCUUCCUCCUCUCCUUUGCUGCUACCACCAUGGCCGCCGUCGGUAUCUGGGGAAUGCACUUCAUUGGCAUGCACAUGAGUCUCCAUCCCAUGGAAGGCGUCAACUGGUACAUCAAGGUCGACCCCGGCUUCACCGUGCUCAGUCUCUUUGUCCCCAUCAUUGCUCUUCACGCCGCCUUCUUCAUUGUCGACGCCGCCAUCGCCUUCAGCUUCAUUCGCACCACCAUCAGUGGCAUCCUCACUGGUCUCAUCGUCAGUCUCAUGCACUACUCGGCCUCGCUCAAGACCAACUAUGCCGUCAGCUACAGCCCGGCUCUCGUCGCCAUCUCGAUCGUGGUCGCCUGCGUCGCUUCCACGGUCGCGCUCACCGGCUUCUUCAAGUUCCGUGCGCAAUGGGAAGAUUCGUGGUGGAAGCGUAUGCUCUGCGCCUUCGGCCUCGCCGCGGCUGUCUCGGGCAUGCACUACAUCGGUGUAUGGGGUACCAGCUACAAGGUCAAGGCUUCCACCGUCACCGGUGCCAUGGAGAUCAGCCUGCUCUCGGGUCGUCAGCGCAACAACAUCCUCGUCAUUGCCAUUGGCUGCAUGUGCUUUGUCAUCAUCUGCCUCUCCAUCUUCAUCGGCGUCUCGGACAUGCUCGUCGUGCGUGAUGCGCGAAGAAAGUCCAAGAAGGUCGUCCUCUGCUCGGCUACAUUCGAUAAGCAAGGUCGCCUCCUCGUCAAGCCCGACGGCACCAUGCCUCUCAUGAUCAUCGAGACCGACGUCAACACUCGUGACAUUCUGGAUGCGCUUGACAAUCGUCAGCCCACCUUCCAGUGGCUCUACUCACUCUCGUGGGAUUGGGCUAUCAUCGCCCCAUGGCUUCGUGCCAUCACCUCGCGCUUCGCUCAGCAGACACAAAAUGUUGAACGCAACGAGGCUCCCUGGAAGAGCCGCGGCAAGAAGAUGAUGGCCCAGGGACGACGAUCCGUCGACCUCAACGACGACCGACGCAAAGGUCCUCAGGGUCUGGCCGACUUCCGCGACCGUUUCGUCGACGCUGCCUUCCAUCUCGCUAACGAGCUUGACAUCCCCUUCGAGGAGAUCGGAGUUCUCUACGAUCACGUUCUUCCCACCGGCACGCGAAGGAAUGGCAUCAACGGCAACAACGUCAUCACCGACAAGUUCACCCCUUCGCGUCAAUUUGCCGACGACGAAAGCUCGAUCAACGGACCCGUGCCCAGCAUCUUCGGCGAAGGAGGCGAUCAGGAGGAAGGUGCGAUGCUCUUCCUGGUCCGCGAACUUCCCAACUCGGCCGCCUCGACCGAACGUUUCCGACAGAUGGGCUACCGCAUGACCGAGACGCGCUUCCUCGCCGGUGUCCUCGCCGACCGCGUCGCCGUCCAGAAGGAGGAGAUGGAACCCCUGCUCGACUCGCUCAAGGUCUACGCCAAGCGUGGCACGCGACCCGUCGUCCAGCCUAGUGGAGUCUACUGCGGUCUCUUCGGCGUUCGUGCCUCCACCAGUAAGGAGGGCGGCCUCGACGUGCUCGUCUACAACUUUGCGCGUCACCAGAUCCCCGCCUACCGUCUUCCCGAUGUGCAAUGCAUUACGCCGGAGAUGAAGACGUUCCUUGGCUCGCUCGAUCAAGCGACGAUGGAAGAAGCGAUGAAAGUCUGCGAGCGCGAAUCGAUCCGAUCGGGCGAGCGCCGCAAGUACCUUCAGUCGAUCUCUUCGGUCAACGUGGCCAACAGCCACGAAUACGAGGCGGAGCAGGAAGCGGUUGAGCUCAUGAUUCAAUUUCAGACUGCGCUGUUCAUCGCUCUGGAUGCGCUGCACAACUCGGUGCGCUUCUACCCGCGCAUCUGCCAAACCGCCCGGAUCAGCGCCGAGGUGCUCGAGGUGCCUUCGAGCCUGGACGACUCGACUGCCCCCGCGGAGAUGAUUCUCGUCCAGGCGGUAUUGCCCGAGGCGCGGCUGGCUCCAGCUGGCUACGAGGCGCAGCAUGCAGUACUCGACGUCGUGCCCAGCGACAAGCCGAGCUCAGCCACACCUUUCGUGUUUGUUCCCUACACGCUCUUCUCCAAGUCGCAGAUGAUGCUCCUCCGCGGUCGACAAGCCGAUGACUUUGAGCACGAAGUGGUUCUCGAGAUGCGUCGUCGCUAUCCGUCAUCCCUGCAGACGGAAGCGGAAGAGCUGGGUGCCUACGAAACGCCCCUCCGUUCCACGGGCAACCCUUCCUCAGGACGAUUCACCAAGACCUACACCUCGGAAGACGAGGACAAGCUGGAAACCUCAUCCAAGUACAGCGACGAUCAUCCGGCGUCGCCCAUCAGCAACAAGGUUAACCUGUUGCCGAGUGGCAAGCAGUGGGGUGGACGGGAAGGGGAGUAUUCGUCGCCGACGGCGCUGUCGCCGGCUCGUCGUCCGUCGGUGACGUCGUCGAAAUCGCGCGAGGAUCACGAGAUGAAGCAGCUCGAUUCGCGCAAGCCCGUGUCGGGUCGAGGGGCGGACGAUUCGAUCACGGAAGAGGCUCGCUCGGUCACCUCGGACAUUGUGGAGAAGGAGACGCAGUCGCCGGUUCGACCGCGCUUGUUGCAGUCUGCGAGCGCCAGACCGUCCACCGCCCCGGCGAACGUGUUGAGGAGGGACAUGAGCUUCCUCCGCCCCUCGUCGUCGGGUAAUGGGGCGACGGGAAGGACGACUGCGAGUCAGAGACAGCAGAGGCGCGGAAGGACGGCGGUCCCUGGUGGUGCAAACGAAGAGGGCGCCUUCAGCAGGUUGCAGAGCGACGGUUGGCACGCGAGGCAGAUUCAGAGCCUCGAGAGGAGCCCCGCCGGAACCGCGCUUCUGGGUGUGGAUUUCUAG